GAAGAAGAGGACGAAGAUCAGACAAUGGUAGACGGCGAAGAGGAAAUUAUUAUGGAACAGCCUGAUGAUGCGGAGGAUGAAGACGCAGAGGGAGCUGCAACUCCUGCUGCUGAGGAAGACGAUGAGGACGAGGAAGAGCCGACGAUCACAACGAUACCGAGACGGCGAGCGCGGGGAGGAAGAUCGCGUCCGAGUCGGCGCGGCAAUGAAGAUACGCCUGAGCCUGGCGAGGAAGGUAGCGAAAGCGGGACACCAGCGCGGAGACGGAGAGGGAGGCCUCCGGGUACUGGCACUGGCAGAGCGCGUGGAGGCUUCAGGGGACGAAGGAAAGGCGCGAAAGAUGAAGGACCAAAGACAGUGACCGACAAGGAUGGGUCAGUCUACGAAGUCUAUGAGGACGAAGCGCUGGUUGAUCAGGAUGACGAAGGUGACGAAAAGGUUGAUGAGCUCGGCAAUCUACAAGGAGGGCGAGAGUAUAGAGUGCGAACUUUCACCAUCAUGGGCAAGGGCGAACGACUCUACAUGUUGUCGACUGAGCCUGCCAGAUGUUGUGGCUUCAGAGACAGCUACCUCUUCUUCACGAAACACCCGAAGCUCUUCAAGGUCGUGGUUGGUGAGGAGGAGAAGAAAGAUCUCAUCGACAGAGAUAUUCUCCCCAACAGCUACAAAGGUCGGAAUAUUGGUGUCGUCACGGCAAGAUCUGUCUUUCGCGAAUUCGGUGCUAGAAUCAUCGUUGGCGGAAAGAGGGUCAUUGACGAUUACAAAGUCACCAAAGCACGAGAAGAUGGAGUUGUCGAAGGCGAGCUCGCAGACCCAGAUGACUACGUCCCGGACAAUCGUUCCGAGUACAACCGCAAUCGCUACGUUGCUUGGUUUGGAGCAAGUGAAGUUUAUCGACAACAAGGUGGUACUGUGCCAAACAAGCAAGGACCUGUCGGGAAGCGAAGGAAUAAUAUUACUUUGCAUAACUGGCAGUUCAUGCAUGCUCGAGAAGCCGGCAGAUACAACGCAUCCCUCACGGCACUGCGCCACGCGAACAAGGGCGGCGUAUAUGACGCCAACACGAAUAUGAUGUUCUACCCCAAGAUCAUGCAACCGACGCAUGCGAAGUGGGAAUACAUCCCUCCUGAUGACGAGAGGCCGGCGAAGAGGAGACUUACCAACGGACUGGCGAACGGUGACUUAACAAAUGGCCAUCACGAAGAAGAUCAAGAUCCGAACUCGCUCUUCGCUCCACUGCCAGCGGUCAUCUCUCGCAAUUUCCAGGUCAUCGACACGGUCUACACCGCGCCUCCCAUCAGCAACGCCGGCUACCCUGGACCUGACGGACACGUGGAAGAUCCCACCUCAGGACCAAAUGGACUGCAGACCGUUAGCCAAGACCUGAUAGACGAGCUACCGGAAGACUGCCGUCGCGCUUUCGAAGAGGCCCGCGCUACAGAGAUGCAAUGGAAGAAGCAAUGGGGUACGGAGGAGCGAGGAAUUUUGAAGAUAGGCUUUAGUGGGUAUCCAGUUUGAUGUUAUUCGGGCGUUGGGCGAAUAGGCGUUCUGCGAGCAAGGCCACACUUGCAGGGGAAUGAUGUGGUGCCUAUCAAAGCAUCGUUAUGUGGAUUCUGGGUCUGAUUUUAUGGGAUUGUGCUUUCGAUGGGACUUUUGAGAGUCUCUGUUUUGGAGGGGACUUGAGGUGGGAUUAUGGAAGCACGAUGAUGGUUUGAUCAGACUCCAGAGUCGGGUAUAUAGGAGAAGAGAGGAUGAGGGAAUGAAAUUCCGAAUAACGCGCG